CAAGGAAACGAGGGGGAAUAAGGCUUCUUAGCGUGUAAAGGGUGUUUAUUCCGAAACUGGUUUGGUCGGAUCUUCAUCGGAGGAUUCUGAUUAAUUCGAUGGGAGAUCCCAUAUGGUAUAAGAGGAUUCAAUUUUGGGUUUUGCGAUGGGUGAUUGUGAUAGCUGCAAUCUGAUGGGAUUCCCAUAUCUCGUUGAUUGAGGAUUUGAUUGGGUGUAUCAAGGUGAGACUCGGGUGUUUUGGUAAUAAUGGAAGCUUUUGCUGCUCUUCUUUAAGGCAUAUAGGAUACAUAAUAUUUCGUGAUCUGGUUUUGGUAUUUGUUUUUGGAAUUCUGGGCUCUAGCAGAUCACAUUCAUUUACUUGUGGUAGGUGGCUUGCAGAAGGGGUAUUUAUUGAUGGAGAUGGGUUCCUUCGACAUAUCAGUCUUCCUUUCUUUCGUGAGCCGCUUGUUUUCGAGAGUGGUGUUGUGUUUGGUUUUGUGUUUCUUUCUCAAAGAUGUGCAGUUUGUUUUUGCUUUCCAGUGGUUCCCUAUGGAUCAAUUACUGUUGAACAAAGGAAAAGCUCUUCUGGUUCGCACUGAAACAGUGAAGAUUGCUAACUCUGUCCUGGUUCAAAGGAUUCAACAGUUUUCGCUGACUCUUAUUGGGCGUUUGAUGAACCCGGCUAUUCAAAGGAUGGACUCUUUGGUGGUAAAUUUGCCUAUGAUCUGGAAGAUAGAGGAUAAAGUGGUGGGGGCUGACUUGGGACAGGGCCUCUUCCAGUUCAAUUUUGACGCUGAUGAGGAUCUCCAGUCGGUGCUACAGAAUGGUCCUUACCACUUUGAUGGGUGGAUGAUCUCCUUGGUGAAGUGGGAGCCGAUCAUAUCAUCAACCUAUCCUUCUGCAAUUAACUUCUGGGUGAAGGUUACUGGUAUCCCUAUGCACCUUUGGGAGGUUGCCACUUUAAGAGCCAUAGGGAGGAAGGUGGGUACAAUCUGUGAGAUAUAUGAGGAGUCAGGGAGAUUCUGCGUUUCUGUUAACGGUUUCAACCCUCUUCUCUUUAAGCUAGUUGUGCCUUUUGAUACCGGUGAUGAAAUUAUUGUUUCUCUUGAGUAUGAAAAAUUAAUGGGAUUCUGUGAGCAUUGUUUUCGUUUAACACACGAGAUGAAGGGAUGUCCGGAGUUACUCAAGGGAUCUGGUGAUCAGGUUAUGGAGAAUCAAUCUGAUAAGAGGGGUGGUUUGAGAUAACAUCCACCAGCUAAAAAAGGAGGGUAUCACAAUGAAGGGGGUUGGGAGAAACCAAGAAAGUAUGUGAAAAGGGCGUUGGAAUUUCAGUCCCAAGAUACUGUUGCUGCUGAUCUGGGUCCUUACGGUUCCCGUCAUCAAGAGAGGUCUCAAAGUUCGGUGUGGGGACAGAAGAGACAACAUAGUGUGGUCGAAUCAAGUGGUUUUGGGGGAAAAAGAGGGUCGUAUUUGAGGGGUGGUGAGUCUUUGGGGCAGGUUCCUUUUUCUAGUCUCAACCGUAAGGGGACUGGGCCGGUUUGGCCUAAACCAUUGUACAAGGUUAAACAGGGUUCAACAAACACAAGUAUUCAGGAGGCAACUGAUGAUAUUCAUUUGGCUACUGAGUCAAGGGAUUCUCAGGUAGCUGUGGCUAUAGGUGGUUCGUCUCACGGUAGGACUGCUAAGGUUUUGGUAGAUACGGAUUUCAUGGAGGAAACAGAUGAUCUGCUUGAGGAAGGUGAAGAUCCGGAGGGGGGUUGUUUGGGCUUGGUUGCAACUGAGUCGGAAAGGAGGGAUACUCCUAUAUCUGAUCAUGGGACCGAUUCUCAUGGUAAGGCAGAGGCUAGUCAGCAAGGUAUGGGAGCAAACAGAAGGUAAUUGGAAAACCGGGUAAUAUCACGUUGAGUGGUAAACCAGCGGAUGGUGGUCGUCAAGUUAAGAAUGGGACGGUGGCUCUCCCGAAACCACCGGCUCAAACGUGAAGGUCUUGAGUUGGAACUGUCAGGGCAUUGGGGCGGACCUGACAGAGGAGUACUUGGGAGAUUUGUGGAAAAAGCAUCAUCCAGAUAUUAUAUUUUUAUCAGAAACAAAAAAAUGUAUUUCUUAUUUAAAAAAGUUUAAGAAUAGGUUUGGUUAUGAUAAGUUGUUUACGGUUG